GCGGAAGUUAACUCGAAAAGGCGCUAACAGCGUUAGCUUUAUUCAUGUGCGGAAGUUUGUGUAGACGGUUGUGUUGUCGGGUCGCAGAUCAUUAACUUCAGUUGAAGUGAGUAUGGCUUCAGCUCAGUGUCUGAAACUGUUUAUAAACGAGCGACUAACUGCUGCUGCUGAAGAAGUAUUCUCAGAGUUUGAGAAAACCAUCGUCCAGUACGAGGAGGAGAUCGAUCGUCAGCGCAGACUGCUGGAUAACAUCUGGAAACCACAGAUAACACAACACACAGCAGAUGUCCCACAGCAAAGUGUCAGUAAGGAGGAGGAUGUCCUCGCUGGCCAGCAGUUCUGUAACCAGAAGAGAAAGUCCAGUCUGAACCAGGAGGACCCAGAGCCUGCACAGAUGAAAGAGUGCAGGUCCACAUGUGGAGAAACAUGUGGAGAAAUACUGCAGUCUGCUGCUACUAAAGAAACGUUCACAGAGUCUGAAAAAACGAUCGUCCAGUGUGGAGAAAAGCUCGUUGGUCAGCACAGACCACUGAGUAUCAUCUGGAAACCUGAAACAAAGUUGUGCAAAACAGACUUCCCACAACAACACAUGAACCAGGAGGUUCAGACUGGAGAGCCUCCACAGAUUAAAGAGGAGCAGGAGGGACUCUGCACCAGCCAGGAGGGAGAGCAGCUUGUACUGAGGCUGGAGUCCUCUGAGGAAAGUGACAACAGUGAAACAAAACCAGACAAUGACCCUUUUGCCUUUCACCUCUCUACUGUAACAGAGAGCCGAGUACAAAAGAGAAAGAGGAAAGUAGACUUAGGAUCAAGUAGAAAUGCAAAACUAAAGCCAAAGAUGAGACAUCUCAAAGAAAGAAGUCAAAAUGACAUGAAAAAAAAACGUCCUGUGUCAAAGAGUCACUGUGAUACUGGCACAAAGACAGAAAGAAUGCCCGUCAAAUGUGAUGUUUGUGGAAAAGCAUUUGAAUAUAAGUCAAAAAUGAGGUAUCAUCGCAGAACGCACACAGGUGAGAAGCCAUAUGCUUGCAGUACUUGUGGGCAAAAAUUCACUCGAAUGUCAUCAGUUAAACAUCACCAAAGAAUCCACACAGGCGAGAAGCCAUACGUUUGUGAAAUAUGUGACAAACGUUUCAGGGGUGCUGUUAAUUUAGUAGCACACACGAGGACUCACACAGGUGAAAGGCUGUAUUCCUGCAAAACAUGUGGAAAAACGUUUACUCAACGCGGCCAUUUGUUGUGCCACAAUAAAAUCCACACAGGUGAGAAACCUCAUUCUUGUGAGACAUGUGGAAAAAGUUUCAGUCAGCUCUGUCAUUUGUUGCGGCACAUGAGAAUUCACACAGGCGAGAAACCUUAUUCUUGCACGACAUGCGGCAAAAGAUUCAAUCAGAGGGAAAUUUUGAGUGUCCACAUGAAAACUCACACAGAUCAGAAACCCUGUAUCUGCAGCAUCUGUGGGAAAAAAUUCAAAGCUGCAUCACCGCUGAUGCGACACAUGAGAACUCACACAGGGGAGAAGCCAUAUUUUUGUGAAAAAUGUGGGAAAAAAUUUACUCAACAUGAACAUUUGUUGCGCCACAUGAAGACUCACAAAGGUUAGAAGUCAUAGUCCUGAAGCAUCAACCUUGAAGGAACCUUGAAAAGCACAUCAAAAAUAAUUCAGAUUAAUACCAGUCCUUUCCGGUUUAAAGGGCCUUUACACUGCUUUAACACUCACACUGUGAGUUCGUUACAUGUUACACUGCAAGACAUGGAUCUCAUAAGAGCUGGCAAACUGGCCAGUGGAUUUGUGGUGACUCUUACAGAAGCACAAUGAAUUUGUAAAAGUAAGACAAUUGGAGACAUCACAGCGAAGAAAAAACCUCAGAAUUAUUUAAAUUAAUAAGUUGGUGAUCAAAAUCUGUAAUAUUUAAGACGCUGAGAUACUUGUGAUCCCUGAUUUAACCAAUGAACACGAGUUUUACCAUCAGUGUUUGUUUUUUUUGUUAAGUUCAUGUGUGUAAAUCUGCAGUCCUGUUAAUCCUGUUAAAAUGUGAUGUAUCUCUAUGGUGAUGCUCUGUAAAUCUUGGUAUGAAGAUGAAAAAUAAAGCCAGUUUCCUGUUCAGUA